AGGGAAAAGAGGGCGCCGCCAUUUUGUCGACAGCGAGGAGAGUUGGAGGCCUCAGCCGGGAGCUUGCCCAAGGUCCUCUCCGCGGCCUAGUCGCGCAACCGAUUCUUUCCUGUAUUGCCUAGGCUUCGCGCCAACGGUCGGACUAAGAACUUGGAUGGGGGACCACCAGGAAAUCCUAAGAUCUUAUCACUUUGGCUGAGAAGUAAAAGGGGGGGAAAAACACACCCUCCCUAAAGAAGGCAAUAAACAAAUCACUUCUGUAUUCUGCCAAGAAAAUUUCGUGGAUGUUACCAUGGAGCCAUGAGAAGUCAAGGAAACUGUUUCUAAAAACCGGCAAUGAAUUUUGAUAGACCAAUUGGAAGAAAAAGAGAAAUUUUUAACAUCACGGCGGAGAUGUCGGAAUACAUCCGAGUAACGGAAGAUGAGAACGAGGAACCCAUUGAGAUCCCUUCAGAGGAUGAUGGGACUGUAUUACUCUCCACAGUUACUGCGCAGUUCCCAGGGGCCUGUGGCCUGCGUUACAGAAACCCCGUGUCUCAGUGUAUGAGAGGAGUCCGAUUAGUGGAAGGAAUUCUUCAUGCACCAGAUAAUGGCUGGGGAAAUUUGGUAUAUGUGGUGAAUUAUCCCAAAGACAACAAGAGGAAAAUGGAUGAAACAGAUGCUUCAUCAGCCGUUAAAGUGAAACGAGCAGUGCAAAAAACCUCUGAUCUGAUAGUUUUGGGUCUUCCAUGGAAAACGACAGAGCAAGAUCUGAAAGAAUAUUUCAGCACGUUUGGAGAAGUUCUCAUGGUGCAGGUUAAGAAGGACAUCAAAACUGGCCACUCAAAGGGGUUUGGUUUUGUAAGAUUUACCGACUAUGAAACCCAAGUAAAAGUCAUGUCUCAGCGUCACAUGAUCGACGGAAGAUGGUGCGACUGCAAGCUCCCCAAUUCUAAGCAAAGUCCAGAUGAACCUCUGCGUAGCAGGAAGGUGUUUGUUGGGCGUUGCACUGAAGACAUGACUGCAGAUGAGCUCCGUCAGUUUUUUUCACAAUAUGGAGAAGUCGUUGAUGUCUUCAUUCCCAAACCAUUCAGAGCUUUUGCCUUUGUUACGUUUGCUGAUGAUCAGGUCGCCCAGUCCCUUUGUGGUGAGGACUUGAUCAUAAAAGGAAUCAGCGUCCAUAUAUCCAAUGCUGAACCUAAGCAUAAUAGCAGUAGACAACUAGAAAGAGGUGGAAGAUUUGGUGGUAAUCCAGGAGGCUUUGGGAAUCAGGGGGGAUUUCCUAACCGGGGGGGAGGCGGUGGAGGCGGCGGACUGGGUAACAGCCAGGGCAGUAACAUGGGAGGUGGGAUGAACUUUGGGGCCUUCAGCAUCAAUCCCGCCAUGAUGGCGGCUGCCCAGGCCGCGCUGCAAAGCAGCUGGGGGAUGAUGGGCAUGCUUGCUAGCCAGCAAAACCAGUCUGGGCCGUCAGGGAACAACCAGCCACAGGGCAACAUGCAGAGGGAGCAGAGCCAAGGGUUUAGCUCCGGGAGCAAUUCCUACGGAAGCUCGAACUCUGGCCCAGCGAUAGGGUGGGGCUCCUCCAACACAGGCUCCAGCAGUGGGUUUAAUGGCGGAUUUGGUUCAAGCAUGGAUUCCAAAUCAUCGGGAUGGGGGAUGUAGGCAGGCUUAUACUGACUCUGGUGGGAAAUCAAUUUUUUUUUUCUAGAGCUCCUGGUAAGUAUAAUCUAAAAUGCAUAUGCUAAAAGGAAAAAAAAACAAAACAAAACAACAAAAAAAAAAAGAACCCAAAUCAAUUUGUUCAGUGUGUAGUAUAUUUCGAUAGUAUUUUUGACACUUUUUUUCUUUUGUAAGGGGGAAAAAAAGAUUAAAUGAAGUUUUAUAGGUUUUGUUACCAUGAGUUGGAAUACAUGAGUUGGGAUUAUUGAGUGGCUGAACGUGAACUGUUUCCCUGACUGGUAAACGGGUGUGCUGCAAUUUAAAUAGGAAUUUGUAAAGAUUGGAUUCCUCGUUUCCUAGUCAGC